UUGGCUGCUUCCGAGUAAACAGUGCUUUGGCAUAGCAAUUGAUAUCCUACAGCUGGAAGGUAGUGUUUGUCACACAAAGUGAGAGGGCUUAGAAAGUGAACGAAAGCUUAAUGUAGGGUCUCAAAAGGAGGGAUACCGAGGUUGUUUAUUUUUUUAAAGAGAGGUAUAGACCAAAGCUAAACUAUUAGAUUGCCAAAAUGCUUUGCCAUGUUACCCGUCCGGAUUCGGUGGUUAUGGAAGUGGAAGUUGAUACCAAGGCGAAUGGUGAAGACUGUCUGAAUAAGGUGUGUAGGAAGUUGGGAAUCCUAGAGGUGGACUACUUUGGCCUGCAGUUUUCAGGCAAUAAAGGAGAGAACCUGUGGCUCAACCUCAGGAACAGAAUCUGUCAGCAGGUGGACAAUCUGACUCCCUGCCGACUCCGGCUUCGAGUCAAGUUCUUUGUGGAACCACAUCUCAUACUCCAGGAACAGACGAGACAUGUGUUCUUCAUGCAGGUCAAGGAGAACCUCCACAGCGGCCACCUGAGGAUGUGUUCGGAGCAGGCUGAGGAGCUGAGUGCCCUGCUGGCCCAAGCUGAGUUCAGAGACUACAACCAGAACACAGCCAAGUACUGGUACUCUGAGCUAUGUGGGAGCGAACCCUGCCCGGCAACAGUCAACAGUAUCAUCUCUAAGCACAAGGCGUUGGAGGGUCAGAGCCCGGGGUCGGUGGAGUACCAGGCCCUGCAGCUGGUGUCCAGCCUGGAGCACUACGGGGUGGAGUGGCACUGGGCCAGGGACGCAGAGGGACAGAGGCUGGCCAUAGGGGUUGGCCCUGAAGGUAUCGCUGUCUGUAAAGAGGACUUCAGCCUGGUCAACAGGAUCAGCUAUCCCAUAAUACAAACAGCCACCCAGUCAGGGAAGAGUGUUUACCUGACGGUGACCAAGGAUACCAGCGACAGUGUGGUUCUGCUAUUCAAGCUGAUCAGCAACCGGGCAGCAAGCGGACUGUACCGGGCCAUCACUGAGACACACGCCUUCUACAGGUGUGACACGGUGACCAGCGCGGUGAUGAUGCAGUACAGCCGUGACUUCAAGGGUCACCUGGCGUCUCUCUUCCUCAAUGAGAACAUCAACCUGGGCAAGAAGUACGUCUUUGACAUCCGACGCACCUCCAAGGAGGUCUACGACUACGCACGCCGGACGCUCUACAACGCCGGAAUCAUGGCGGCGGUUGGCGAGAGGACGCCAUCGGGGCUCAGUCCACUGCGUGGGCUGGGAGAGGACUGUGGGAGCUGUCAGCAGAGCAGGGCGCUGCUGGAGAGACUAGAGAAACUCAGAGAAGCUCUGCUGUGUAUGUUGUGCUGUGUGGAAGAGAUCGACUCAGCCUUCUGCCCCUGUGGACACAUGGUGUGCUGCCAGACCUGCGCCAACCAACUACAGUCGUGUCCGGUGUGUCGGUCGGAGGUGGAACACGUGCAGCAUGUCUACCUCCCCACCUGCACCAGUCUCCUGAACUUCACCACCUCUCACCAUGGCGACGACAGCCCCGGCCCCAUCCACAGAGCUAUGUGUGGUCUAGGACACACCUGCCACACCAAGGACUACUGCAACACCAACACCCGACACGACUCCAACAACAUCUACCACACAGAGACAUAGAACCACUUCACCACUCCCAGGUUGUGUACCAAAUGGCUCCCUGGCACUACAUGGGGAAUAGGGUGCAAUUUGGGAAGCAGCCCAGUCCAGUUCCAACACCAUUGGGUUCUGUUGGGUUGUUUUCACUGUGCCACUCUCUCUGAUGGUGGUAUUUUCUCCACUCCCCACUGUAAAUUAUAUGGAUUAUUUUUAAACCAAUAAUCGACUUGGGAUUUUUUUAAUACCUCCCCUCCCUUUUAGAUUUAGGUUUAUUGCGUAUUAUUUAGUUUUAAUCUAAUUUCAUCAGUUGAUCUGAUCUGAAUUAGUGGCGCUAUUUUGAUUUAUUUCACCAUUUUUGGUUGUGUUGUUUUUUCUCCAUAUUGGUCUACAGAACGUGAAUGAUGUAUUGGGCUCAUAACCUGCAGCGUUUGUACAAGACGAGGACAUUCUGUGUUCUAGGAGAGUACUAGGCAACCUGGACAUUCUGUGUUCUAGGAGAGUACUAGGCAACCUGGACAUUCUGUGUUCUAGGAGAGUACUAGGCAAC